ACACGCUGUACCCUCAAAGAAUCCGAAAGUGGUGGGACAUGUGCCAGAUGCAAGAGGCUGAACCUUUCUUGCUAUCCUCGACUUCCAAAAUCUCUGAAGCGAAGUGUGGACUCUACCAUGGAUCCGGAAGAACCUACAUUCCUCUCCCAGUCCCGAAGAACAACUCGAAGUGCAACUGCCAAGAGAACGGCUACCCGCGUUUCACCACCACGACCUCCUCCUUCCCCUCAAGAAAUACAUAUCAGCGUGGACCUCGGAACUGUGUACACCAAGGCGGCUGUUAGACUCAUCUGGGGUCAUGAGGGUCCCAGAGAUAUUACGUUGCAAGAGUUGGAGCCUAUCACCUGGCUCAAUAACGACACAUCCGUGCUUACUCAAGUCGCAGUCGAACGUGCUUCGCCGUCAUCAAAACUACCUUCCCGCUUGCUCUGGGGUGAUGAAGUAACCGAAGCCAUACGAGAAGGACGGAUCUCAGAGAAAGAUGUUGAACGCCAUUUCAAGCCAUCUUUAUUCGAUUUGGAAACGUAUCCGGCGACUGAGAUUCGACAUUUGCUGCAGGAGAUUUCAACCUACAAAGGUAGAACUCGAUUUCACCAAGCUCUCAUCGAGCGCGGAGAAGACCCGGACGCCAAAGAGAUGCCACAGAUCUAUCUCCAUUCCGAUUACACAGCUCUGGCAUACACGCAUAUCCUCAAAGUCAUCGCUGAAUCUCACGCAACCCUACAGUGGGAUCCUCAAGAGAUCGAGACUCAGCCAAACUGGUCUCCACCAGGCGAUCCCACCAUUCGCGUAGGGCUCCCUUUGCCGGUUGCGUCCACCCCCGACCAGAUAAACCUGGUCAUGGCAUUAGCAAAGACGGCAGGGAUCCCGAAUCCUUAUCCAGAAGCCGAGCCAGCUUCUGCUUUAGCAUAUCAUCUGAUAAUGUCACCCAUCCAUGAGGCAUUGGGAAAAACCUUUCUCAUAGUCGACAUUGGGGGAGGAUCCGUGGAUCUGAAAGCUUGGACCGUCGACAGUGUCAGCCCCCUUCGAGUGCGCGAAGCCGACGUAGGGGCGACUGAAUGGUGUGGUGGCAGCUCUGUCAACAAAACAGCAGGACAAAUUGUUAAGAACAAGAUACUAUCAGACACUCUGAUCGCAGAAGCAGUAUCUGAUUCUCGGGAAGAGAAAGAGAUCCUAUUGAUAGUAAAUCAGUUCCAGCGCGAGGUCGAACGACAGUUCGAAUCUGUCAAACGAAAAUUCGAUGGGAGUCAGAAAGCUGUUUUCAAUCUUCGGGGUCUCCCAGAUGCUCCAGAGUGUGGAAUGAUUCAAGAUCGCUUCACUCUGGAUGCAGACAAUGUGAAGCGAGCCUUCGACCCAUCAAUUACUAAGAUCAUAUCUAUGAUCGACAGUGCCAUUGCCAGAAUUGCUUCACGAUCGAGACGUGAAGGCACGACUGGCCAGGUUGACGAGAUACUUCUAGUUGGAGGAGGGAGCCAGAAUCCCUAUCUACGGAGUCGGCUGCGGCAGCGAUACGACACAAAUUUCUAUGGCUCAGCGCGCUACCGCAUUCCAGUAAGCCAUCCGACAUCCGCGGCUACUGGCUCAACCACCGUUUCAAGAGGAGCAUUAUUAUUGGCUGCGGAUAAGGAUCUAGUGACAGAAAGAGUGGUCCGGCGCGGGUAUUGCGUUGGCCGCCUCGAGGAGCUGGGGAAGAGAAGGUACCCACGGGAGAGCCUACACACGAGUGAACAAGACGGUCAAAAACGGGUAUACCUGUCCAAGUUCUUGAUUCGCCCACAGCAGAUUAUCCCUGCGAACAGACCGUUCAGAGAAUCUGUACGAGGCUGGAGAGGGCUUCUCAUGGAUUGCGCUGACGAAAAUGGACGCUGGGAGAUCGUAGAACACCUUUACUACUCCGACACCAUCGCGAAUGACGGGCUGUGGCUCGAAAAGCCUGGCCUUGACAUUCACGAAAUGGACAACCCAAUCGUAUUCCAUAUCACGCAACAAGAUUCUAAGGACUUCAUCGCUACCACAAGACUGACUCCCGAUGGCACUAAGCAAUGGUUUGAGAUUGACUAUGAAGUGGGCGUUACAGUCGAAGGGCACACAAUGAUAUUCGAUAUCAUCGUACCAAGAAACGGCAAAUUCCCAGAUGAUGGAGGAUAUGGCCCGAAUCCCAUCCGGAGACAAGGUCAGUACGAUUGUGCUGGCGCAUUUCAACUCUUCAACUCCACUUGAACCAGGUCAUGCCUUCUGUGAUACUGGCGAAUCGGGACAGAAGAUAUCAUGCGCCCCUUGAGAAAGCACAGUUGGUAGUAAAAUUGCCCAACACCAUAAUACUACGACGACCUUGGGAGGAAGGAGGAUUGCCGGGAUGAG